CACGGUGGCCCCUCAGUGGCCCUCGGAGCCUCCGCCUGUCACGAGCUCCGGCGGGGUAGUACCUGCGUAUGAAGCGUCAUACGCAGCCUGAGUAUCAUAUAAAAAUAAACCACGCCUCAUCCCUUCCCAAACCACGCAACUGUGCAGAUGGAAGAAGAGAAAAUGGAAGAAAGCAGCGGCGGCAGUCCCUGUUGGUCCGCCGCGACGAACUGGACCGUCGCCGACGGUUCUCUCCAAAACUCCAUCUCUUUCGAAUCCCCUGUCUUUCCAAUCCCGGAAGAAAAAGAAGUAAAGAACGCAGUGCUUACCAAAGAUCAACUCAUCCUGCAACCUCCACCGUCCGAUUCGGCCCCCUGCGAAAUCAACGUCACUUUCACACAAAGGCAUGAAGCCCGUCAGGUCUAUGUGCGCAGCACAGCUCGAGUUUUUGAGAUAUAUUAUGCAACCGAACAGCAGAGCGGUAAUGAGUACCUUUGUACUGUACGCUGUGGUGUUGCUGCAAGAGAAGGCGAGAUACUUCAUACAGGCAAUGGUGGAGAAGCCAUUGCUGAACUCCAGGAUGGCAAUGGUAAAGCCAUGGAGCUUCCAAAAGAGAUAACUCAGAGCAGCAGCAGUAGUAGUAACGACGAAGAUGGUUGGGUAGAAGUGAAGGUCCCUGAUUCUCCUCUCAAUGGCACAACCAAUCCCAUGUCUAAUAAAAUUGAUGGAAAAACUGACAGAAAAACUCAGGAUUACUACGAGGCAACCGCAGAGAUUACUGAUGCAAGUCCUUGCAUCUCCAUCAUAAUUCGGUUGCUCUCCCUUCAGGUCAAGGGAUGCGUUUUCGUAGAAGAGAUUUACAUAUUUGCCGACCCAGUUGAAUCCACCGAUUCAGACCAUCAGGCGGGUCCUUCACAAAACUCUGCCGGAAGUAAUUUACUCGCCAUGCUUGUUCCUAGUCUUCUGCAAUUAUCUAAAUCAAGGCAGGAAAGAAUCCAAGAUAGGCAUGUUCAUGAUACUGGGGAAGCACGGAAAUUACAAGAUGGUGGGUUGAAAGCAACUGAAUUGAUCAGUCCAGAAAUGGGGAGGGUGGUUCAGCAAGGAACACCUUCCAACACUGCAGAUCCAAGGGUAAUGACAAUGAAAGAACUGAGUGGUGACACUGCAGAAUGCGAGCAAUUAGGAUCUGGUAGGCAGAUACCUGGCGCAGAGAACAUACCCGAGUCCGAGUUUGUUUCUUCCAUUGGAAAGAACAAUCAUUUAGAUAGAAUGUUGGAUCAGCUUGAUACCCGAAUGGGAAGAAUAGAGGCCUUCUGUGCAAGGUUUGAAGAAAACAUGCUGAAGCCCCUUAGCUGCAUGGCAAUGAGGCUUGAGCAGCUGGAGCAGAAACUGGAUGCACUCGCUCUGAGAUCCCAACCCUCCACAUCAUUCUCCUGUUCAAGGUUUGCAGCUCCCGAAUUUUCAUUCGGUGAUUCUGAAUCCAACGAUGCUUCAGAAUCAAUGCAGAAGGAUCUCUCUGUCGAGAAACCAUCUUCAAUCAAUGAUAAUGCUACUGCUUCAGUGACAUUUGUGCCUGAGCUGCGCCCCUGUUUGAUAGUUACUGCACCCGAGUUCUCAAACGAUGAUGACGAUGGUGAUAGAAACUGUGGUGACAGUUCAGAGUCUGUGACGAAAGACCAUACUGCCCCUGAAUUUUCAAAAGACGCUGAUGGUGAUGAGAAAUGUGGGGAGACUUCAGAGUCUGUAAUGAAGGAUCACUGCAUGAAUAAGCCAUCUUUAUCCAUCGAUGAUGCGUUGGCUUUGGCCCUUUCUGCAUUCAUAUCGUCAGCUUCAACUCAACCUCCCAAACUUAUCCCUACUUUGAUUGUUAAGGCUCCUGAGUUUGCAAAUGAAGAUGAUAGUAAUGAGGAAUUGCUUUCACCCUCUGCUGGGGUUUCAUGUGAAGGAUCUGAAAAUCCCAGCAUCAAUUGCUGCAGGAGUGACGGAAUAGAUGGUUCCUGUUCAACUAAACACGUCUCCACUUCUCCUGUUAGGGUUUCAUGCAAAGGAUCUGAAAAUCCCCGCAUUGAUUGCUGUGUGAACGAUGGAAUAGACGGUUUGGGUUCAACUAAAUGUGUCUCCCCUUCUCAAGAGGGUGAGAUAUGCGAGCAUCAUAUGAAAUGGUUGAAAGACAGCCCUGCAAAGGCUUUGAGUUCUGCUAGAUUCAUAUUUGAAGGAGCUGAGAAUCCAAAAGAUUCAGAGUCUACUCUCUGCAAUUCUCAAGACAGCAAUAUACAAGAGCAUCAUCACAUGAAGUGGGCCAACGACAGCCCAACAAAGACAGCUGCAAACGUCGAUGUGACACAGAACCAGCUUCACAUGGGAGGGGUUGAAGACAGCUGUGAAGAUACCAGCAGGAACAGAAUUUCUGCACAAGACUGGGAUGACAUACAACAGGCUGAUGGUGGCAAUGCGGAGACAACUGCUAAUGGAGCUGUCUCAUUCAAGGAAGGUACUGAAAGCACCCAUCAGACCAACAGAAGCAGUGCUGAUGCCGUGAAAGGAACCUCUCCAGGUCAGUUCUAUGAGGAGCAGAACAAUGACUGUGACAGAGAUGCCACUAACAAUGGAGAUAUCACCCGCAGCGGUUCCACCACAGGUGUCCAGCUUCAAAAUGAAGGCCAUGAUGAAGCUGGUUUGGAGAAUGAACUGACCCAGGCAUCAAAACCUGCAGUGGAUUUCAAUCUUCCCAUCUUGGAUGUGAAGUUCACGUCACAGGAAAACUGCAGCAGCAGGUUGACCCUUGAAUAUCUUCUAGGCGACCUUCUGGAAAAGGAAAUGCAGGAUUCUGGUGUUGGGGAUGCCUAUGAUGAUGCCUAUGCUACUACUGUCCAACAAAAUCACAUGGUCUCAUUUGAUGGAUCUGGGUCGAAAGAUCCUGCAGUAAUCAAUCAGUUUCUGGAGCUGGAGGAUCUUUCAGUGGAAGAUGUAGCUUCAUGUACUAAUGGUGAAGAGUUACAAGACCAUUCAGCAAUGGUGAACCAAGAACCAUUCUCCGGCCUCAUAUGAGCUGCCUCAGAUUGAAGCAAGGCAAGAGAAACACUUUCAUUUCAUACCAUGACCUUAUGCUAAAGGGAUUGCUUUGUAUUAAAAAAAAAAAAUCAAAAUCAAAAUCAAAAUCAAAAUCAAAACUGUUUGUACAGGGGAAAACGAUGCAACAGCCUGGUAGAUGGUUAUAUAUCUCAAGUUCUUUUCCAA